UAAAAUUCAAUACUAACAUAAUCACAAAAACAAAAUCAAAUACAAAUUAGUUAAAAAGGAUUUGUUAUUAAUUAGGAUUAUUUUUCUUCAAAUAAUAAUAACAAAUAAGUAUAAAGAGGGAAUAUAUAAAUGUAAAAUUAUUUUUCCUAGUAAAAUCAAAGUAUGAAUAGCCAACAACAAUAGGAUUAUGUGUAAGCAGGAAAUCGUACCAAUAUCUAGCCACAGCUGAUUGAUCCUGAAACUAAUAAUUCAGGCUACGGCGGAUAAUAUAAUAGUUAAUAAUAAAUCAGUUAGGAAGAUAUUAAUUUUAUCAACAAUUUAUAAUAAAAGCAAUUUAUGCAACAACAAAUGAAUUAAAUAGCACAUAAUAAACAAACACUUAAAAAAAAAGAGAUUUUAGUUAUGACAAUUGAUAUUGGUAAUGGGUAGUCUGGUAAAAUUCAUGUUUUUGAAAAUGACAAUCCAUAUGAUUUGGCAGUAAAAUUUGUAGCCUAAUAUGAUCUCCCUCCUUGCAUUGUAGAAAUUUUAGAAGAAAAUAUAAAAUAAAAUGUUGAUCAAGUCUAGAAAACGAAUCAGUAGCAAUAUAUGCAAUAUGAAAGCUCAAAGCAAUCUCCUAUUUCAGAUAAAGUUGGAUAACAAAUUUCUUAAGACAAUUUUGGAAAUGAGCAAUAAUUGAGUAACUAAAUUAUAUAAAACAACCCUUAUGCCAAUAAUUAGCUCCCAAUGAAUAACUAUUACAAUGAAUAAAAGAAAACGAAUUAAUAUGUUAAAAACCCUCCAAAUACACAAAAUUAAAUGCCCUAAUCAUCAAUUUAAGACUCAUUUGAUGCAAGAUAAAAUUCUACCAAAGCUAACUGCUCUGCUAACAGAAGCGGUGUUCUAACUCCAUCAACUAAAAGAAUAAACAAAGAUUAUCCAGAUGUGAAUAGUUCUAUGAAAAGAAGAAUAUAUUAUCCAGAAGGUAUUGUCGAAAAAAUCGACAAUAAUUCUUUUGAAAAAUACAUGAAUAUAAAUGCUUCAACUGAUGUUGGAAAUUCUUUAAAUUAUAGUGUUCCAGCAGGAGUAAGUCAUAGUAAUUCUUAUCAUUAAAAUGCUCAUUAAAUCAGCUAGAGCUUUUAUGCAGGAUAAAACUAUCUGAGCAGCUAAUACAACAAUAAUGGCAAUUAAUCAAGAGUGGAAGAAUCUAAUAACAAAGUUAAUAAAUCUUUUGAUUUUGGAAAGAAAUAAAGUGUUCAUGAAAGAUUAUUUGCUCAAUCAAAAAUUAAAAACAUUUAGUAAAGAGAAACAGAAAGAAGUAAUUCAUAAGCAAAUGUAUAAAAAAAAAGAGUUUAGAGAAGUUCCUCAUUAAAUGAAAUAAACUAUGGAAUACGUUUAUAUUAGAGGGGAGUAAAGUAGAGAGAAGAAAAAAAGAAAUAAAUUGAAAAGAAGAAAUAAGAAGAAAUCAAUUAAGUACAAUAACAAUGUACAUAUCACCCAUAAAUCAAUGAGAUAUCUUCAAUUAUUGCUAAAAGCUUAAGAAAUGAACCAGUUGGAGAAUUUUUACAGAAAGUUGCUAAGUAAUAAAGAGAACGCAAAGAAAGAGCAAGGAGUUUUAAGCUUAAUUCUGAAUUAGAUGGAUGCUCUUUUAGGCCUGAAAUUAAUUAAAUCAGUAGUUAGAUAGCACAAGAAAAAAUGAAUAUAUUAAUAAAUUAAUCUCAUGAAGAUGGAAAAUCUCUUAAUUAAUCUUUUAUUAGGAAUAGAUAUGAUUUGUUAUAUGAAGACAGUAAAAGCAAAAUUGAAAGGAAAAUUUAAAGAGAUAAGCAUCUAAAAAUAGAUUAAAAUUGCACUUUCUAACCAAAGAUUAAUACCUUUUCAAAAAUCUUGAUGAAUGAUAUUUCAUUUUUUGAAAGACUUUAACGCUAUAGUAGCAAAGAAAAUCAUAAUAGUAAUUAAUCAAACGGAUAAUAGCAAGGAUUUAUAGAUCCAUAUACAGGCUAGGAGUACUUUAAACCAAUUACUGGGAGACCUCCUAAAAAAUAGAGAAAUUAAAUUAAUUAAUCUGUUGGAGAGUAUUUAUAUGAAUAAUCAAAGAUAAAAUAAAUUCAAAAAUAAUAAAAUUUAUAGAGUCACAAUAGCAGUGUUAACAGAUCGUUUGCAUGUGAAAAAAGCACAAGGAUUAUAGAUUUAAAAAAGAAAUAAAAAUUAAUUGAAAUUUUUAAUUAACUUGAUUCAGAUUAAGAUGGACAAAUCUCAGCUCAGGCUAUAGAUAUUUAGUCCCUAGAUCCUUUGAUCUUAGAGGCAUUUUCACCAUUAUUAUGUGAAAUGGAAGAACUUGAUUAAGCCUUAACCCUAGAAGAAUUUAUUUAGGCUUCAGAAAAAUUAGUUCAAGGACUUAAUAUUUAAGAGAGAAAUCAAAUUUUCAAUACAAAGAAGACUAAAUGCAGUGAAGAGUCUUUCGAAUUUAAACCUAGAUUAAACCCUAAAUCGGUGAAAAUUGCAUAAUAAAAAAGACCUCAUUCAAAUGGAGCUGCUCUUUAUGAUAUUUUUAUGGAUGAAAAACAAAAAUUUGAUUAAAAGAUUUAAGUUUUGAGAGAAAGAAAAGAAAAAUCUGAACUCGAAGAAUGUACUUUUACUCCAAACAUACAACCUUUGUAUUAAAAUUACAAUAGUCUAUCAGCCUCAAAUCAAAAGAAUAAUUAUAAUUUAAGUAAUAAGAUGGUAAAUGUGUAGCCACAAAGCUUCCAAAACUAUAUUGAUUCGAAAAACAGUAGUAACAGUGCUGAAUAAAAAGGAUUUUAAUAAUAAAAUCUGCACAAUCAAUAGAUUAUGAAUUAACCUGUGAACUACUCCAUGUUUUCCUACUAAGAUUACUAAAAAUUAUUUGAAAAUAAAAAUAAUAACUACCUCUUUGGAAAUUAAAUGUUUUAGCCAUAAUAAUAGAACUUAUUCGAAUAAAACAACAAUAGCAAUCAAAAGAUUUUAAACUUCGAAAAUUACAACCCUCAAUGA